UUCAUCUUGGGCAUCUUUGGAGACUCCAAAUCAGCUGCGAGUUCUUGGCGUGCGUCAUUGCGCAGCAGCGCGUCCAGCCCAUAGUUGGGAAUCCGCUGACAGAGCACUACCAGUUGUUUGUGCGGGCAUAUGUACGCGCGGAUCAGCAGGUGUUGUCUUUAAAAAAAAAAGAAAAGAAAAGAAAGAAAUCUGGAUGGAAGUCGCUGUUACAGCAACGCCAGUCUGAGGGGAAACUCGACCAUUGCGGACCCUUAUUCCCAGGAUGCGCGGACAUGCGUGAAAUGCUCGCGGCCAUCGGCAGGUGCAGAUAAACUCCACUUGGCAUCUUCACUCCUCCAGCAGCCAUGGCUCUCUCUGUAUCUGGAGGAACCGUGUUCACUGUACUCCUCAUUAGCAGGUUGUUAGAGAGCUCGUUGCUCAACGCAGAAGUGAAGGAAGGAGAGAUUCUGCCUCCUACCAUCCAGAGGCUGAUGAAAGGAUACAACAAGUACCUCAGGCCUUUCUUUGACAAUGGUCCGGUAACAGUGGGUAUGAGUUUGGACAUUGCCAGCAUUGACACCAUUUCAGAGAUCAACAUGGACUACACGGCCACCAUAUUCCUCCGCCAGCGAUGGACUGAUGAGCGCUUGGUGUUUGAAGGCAACAAGAGCCUGAGCCUUGACGGGCGGCUAGUUGAGCUCCUCUGGGUCCCAGACACGUUUAUUGUUGACUCCAAGAAAUCCUUCCUCCAUGACAUCACUGUGGAGAACAGGCUGAUCCGCAUCUUCCCCAACGGGACUGUCCUUUACGCACUAAGGAUUACCACCACUGUGGCUUGCAACAUGGACCUGACCAAGUAUCCCAUGGACAAGCAGACCUGCACGCUACAACUGGAGAGCUGGGGUUACAACAUAAAUGAUGUUAUGUUCUACUGGACCAGAGGAAAUGAGUCUGUCAGUGGUUUAGACAGUCUCCAGCUGGCUCAGUAUACAGUAGAAGACCACUACACAUCUGUCUCAGAGGCCAUCUAUGAAACUGGCAAUUAUCCCAGGCUUGUCUUCCACUUUGAGCUGAAGAGGAGCAUUCUGUACUUCAUUCUGGAGACCUAUGUCCCCUCUAGCCUGCUGGUGGUCCUCUCAUGGGUUUCAUUUUGGAUUUCCUUGUCUUCUGUUCCAGCACGUAUUUGCAUAGGAGUGACCACAGUACUGACCAUGACAACUCUGAUGAUGGGAGCCCGGACAUCACUACCCAAUGCCAACUGCUUCAUCAAGGCCAUCGAUGUGUAUUUGGGGAUCUGCUUCAGCUUUAUCUUCGGAGCACUUAUUGAGUACGCUGUGGCCCACUUCUGCACCCUCACUCACGCUGAUGCACACAUGCUCAUGUACGGCCACCGAAUGUACGACUUUGAUGAUGAAAUGAACGGCAUCAUCACCACCAUCUCCACUCACUCCAACAGGGCCAAGAGGCGCAAGGAGCCCGCUGCAACUUCUCCUUCAGUUCCCGCCUCAACAGAACUCGCUGUCAGGCCCUCUAGCCCCUCGGGCAGUGAGCCCAAGCCUGAGGCGGCACCUCCAGAGCACACCAACUGGUGCCUCACUGUUCUGGCCACCCUCCGCAAGAUUCUGCGCGCCAUACACUGUUGUCAUGUGGAGAACCCCCACCAUAUAGACAACUACUCCAGAGUCACCUUUCCACUGUCUUUUGUCAUUGUUAACCUACUCUACUGGACAUAUUAUCUGUACUUUUAGCAUUUGUUUAAGUGCUGCAUAUGUCCAGGAGAGUUUAAGAUGGAGAGUGUUAGUAGACAAUAAGUGUACCUUACUGUACAUACGUACAGUAAGUGUAAUUCAGGUGUGUUUUGGGUUGAAUGUGUAAAACUUCUACAUUUGGACUCAUGAGCGAGGUCGCAUUGUCAUAUGGGAUUGUUCUGGUGGAAAAAGGGAAUGCUCAUAAUUGCAGCUCCAUUUUAAAUAUUAAUAAGUACUCAAACUAUGACAUUGCUUAAAAUUUGAUGGAAUUGGUUUUGAUAAAAAUUGGCCUACCUGACUAUGACAUGGUGAUAUUUUAUAAAUUCUGUCACGCUUUAAUAUUUAUUUUAGGAUGGAGCUGUAAUUGAAGGCUUUAUGACAGAAUUCACCUGCGCUAUUGAGUGAGAACAAAUUCACAUUCCACUUUGAGUCUCUUUUAUGAUGGAUUGAUCAUUGAUAUUUUACAACUCCUGUUUCUGCCUGCAGGCACAACAUUUAGAGUGAAAUAGCAAAAGUAACAGAUGGCAGAAGAGGGCUGAAAACGACAGGCAAGGGAGGUGGAAAAAUCACUACAAUGGAGCAUGUGUUGAGAAAUAUAAACCUCCAAAGGACGAGCUUUCUACUCAUUGUUGAAAGCUCUCAUUCUUCUGUGUCCUUGUGUGAGUUAUUUUUAAUUCGCUGCAGUACUGUUUCUCCCAGCCUGCAUAUGACCCUUUUUUCAUUUCUAUAAAUGUAGUGGCCUUGGAUACCUUCAGUUGUAUUCUGGAAAUCUGGCUAUCAUGAACAGUUUAAUGGCACUUGUCACGGUAUGAAUCUGUUCUGCUAUUUCAUAAAGGGAAGCACACCUGCACACUCCAAGAUAUGGAAGUCCAAAGGGAUCCAUGUUAAAUAAAUAAAUAUCAAAUUACAAAUGAAAAUUCAUGUUAAUAAAUAGAGUGAGAUUUUAUAUAUAUAUAUGUGCUCGGCCUUUAGAUGUAGAAAUACUCUUUACUUUUGUUAAAUCCCAGCCUAGAGUAUGCUAGCCAGCCAACCAGCUAGAUUAGCUUCUCAGUCUUCUCAGUCCAGAUUGUUAUUUUCUUUUUCAUCAAAUUGCUAGAUUUUAGAGCGCUGACUAAUCUUGUGAGUUCAAAAAUAAAAUAGGCUUUUAAACAUAUAACUGCCAGCUAGCAAGACUGUUGUAGGAACAUAAUUUCUAUAGUCAUGUGAAAAAAAGAAAAAAAAGAAAAAAGAAACAUUCACAGGAGUCUUUACACAAAAGUGUUCUAGAGAUAAAUUCAAGGCCACCUGGAAGCUAAAGCUUGGCUGUAAUUGGGUCAUUGAACAGGACAAUGAUCACAAGAUCACCAGCAAGUCUCCAGCAGAAUGGCUGGAAAAGAAAAGAACCAAGGUGUUUUGACUGCACAACAUUCAAACUUGACUGAAAUGCAGUAGUGGCACCUUAAGAGAGCUGUAACGGAACUAAAUCAAUAUUGUACAGAAGAGUGGGUCAAAAUUUCUCUGUAAGAGGCUGAAAAAAGUUCAUACUGAAAAUUAUUAUUUAAUUUUUCACAUGAAUAAUAUGUUGUCUUCUUCCACAGCAGUUUUAGUAAGAAAAAGUAUUAAUAUCUAAUGAAAAACUUAACAUGAAAUAAAGCGUCAUUGAAAAUGGCAUCCUGUAAAUCACGUUGUAGAACAAAACAUUUCUUAUAAAUUAUAGUAGCUUAAUUUUAAUAGUGUCUGAAAUAAUCUCAUUAGAUCAUCUGUAUACUUCAGUUUAUUUGUAUUAUUAUUUAUUUAUAUUGGAGCUUUUGGGUUUCCAUACUAACUGGCAGGCAUAAUGGAAAACACAGGUGUAAAUAUAAAGGACAGCAGACAUACAGUAUACCAAUACAGACAGGUACUAUGUUACAGUGAUAAAUAUAUGCAGUAUUUCUCUCUCUAUGGGUUGGCUGGUAGUGUUUUCACUGUGGUUUUUCAAUGGAUCGGACAGUUAAAGUGUUAAAAAUUUUAAGAUGGAUUUAAAUAUGAAAUGGAUAAAAUAUUUAAAUAGGAUGUUGUCAUCUGAAAGUUAUCUAAAUGGAAAAUACAUAGAAAUGUUUGAGGUACUGUUGGGUCAGAAGUUUAUAUACACUCAACAUUGGCAUGGAUGUUAAGGUAAGUUUGGGGUUUUAAUCAUUUGUUUGAACUGCUCUUUUUCCAGGGUGGAACGAUUGUGUAUAUGAUACAUCUUUAAUAACUUUAAAAAGCAAGACUUUUGUUCAGUAGCGUAAACCACAAAUUUUCAAUGGGGCUGAGAUCAGAGUUUUUGGGAAGCUCAUUCCAGAUGUUCAGUGUUAGCCUGCUUUGUCCCAUCCAAAACUUGUUUUGAUGUGUGUUUGGGAUCAUUGUAUUUCUGUUGUACAUUCAGUUGUAUCCAAGUUAUAAUCAUUUCCUCCUUUCUUUUUUGUUCUAUCCACUUUAUGGAAUGUAUUAAGACCCUUGGCAGCACAACAGCCCAAGAGCAUGAUGCUAGCACCACCGUGCUUGGCUAGUAGUAUAGUGUUCUUAGCUUUAAAAGUCUCACAUUUUUUUUAUUGUGGCUAAAUAGCUCAAUUUUUGUCUCAUUAGACCAUAAAACCUUUCUCUAGAAAGCAUUUGUAUAUGGGCAGCUGGAAAAUUGGAUGUGAGCUUUUGAGGCAGAGGCGGUUUUUUUUCAGAUAGCACCCUCUUAGUCUGUGGUGAUAUCAAACUCACUUUACUGUCGAUAGUAACGCUGGUGUCCCAGUGUUUCCAGUUCAUUGCAAGCUUGUUUCUUAGUGGUUUAUUAGUUGUUCCUAAACAUCCUAACUAAUUUACUCUCAUUUAAAGGUGAAACUUUGGGCCUUCUUUCUGACCUUGGCAAAUUAGUGAAACAUUUGAACCUCCACUGAUAUAAAGUUGAUUGACCUGACAAUCUUGGAAUCUGCAGUUUAUAGAAAUGGUGCCAAGAGACCUUCUUGACCAACUUGUGUAAAUCUACAAUUCUCUUUCUCAGAUCUUCUCUGAGUUUCUUGGACUUCCCCAUUUUCAUGAGUACUGGUCAAUUGAAUGAGGGCUCGCAAAAAAAAAACAUUUUUUGUCAAUGAUGAUCACGAACGGCCUAUUAACGAAGUUAAUAGGCCUUGGCCAUGUCAAGUUAAAAGACAUCGGAGAACCUUGAGCGGCACUUUGAAUAUUUGAAGGCAUGCUUUAUAUUUGAGCCUUUAUGUAUAGGUUUGAGGCUGUGCAGAUUUGCAAAUAUCUAAAGAAAUUCAAACACCCAAUUCUUGUUUUUUUUUCUUUACAAUCAUUAAAGAUGUUGUACAAUCAUCCCACCUUGGAAAAGACAAGUUCAAAGAAAACCUUAAAAACACAAAAUGACCCUCAUGAACAUUAUGAGUGCAUGUAAACGACUGUACUCAACUGUGGAACUCUUCAGUUUUGUAAACUGUUAACUCUCAACUGUUUCAGUUGAGAUGAUACAGCACAUUCUCUGUCAGCGUUGUGAACCAACCAAAGAACCAAAGACUUCAAUUUAAUUCAACCAUUCCUCUUCGUUUCUCUUUAGUUCCCAAGAGAUUUUUUCAAGUUAUGUCAUGUUUGUUAUUCAUUGAAGAACUCUGAAAUAGCAUGAAGUUCAUAUUUCAGAUAGAAAACAGGAUUCAGUUGAAUAUCAGAAGUGCAUGUUUAUUUAUUGCUGUACUCAGUAUUGCUAUGACAUAAUCUCACUCAUUUAAUAUGAAAACUGGUACAAGUUUCACCAUGAUACAAGUCUCAGAGGUUCCAUUUCUAAGAACUACUUCUCAGUGUGCAGUGACGAGCUAAAUUGUUCAUAUUUGAAUGUGCUUCAUUUUAGCUUCUACUUCUCCUUUUAACCAUUUUUGAAUAUACCAUCAACUACCAAACAUUUUGAUUGAUCUUUGUCUGAUUAUAAUACAAAAGUAGGAUAUUUUUUGUUUAUGCUCUUCCUGCAUGAUUGUCAAUCGUAUCUUUUGUUUUUUGUUGGGGUUUUUCCGUUGCUUGAUUUGUUUUGGUUCAACAUGAUAGAGAGGAAUCAUCACUAAAGAGUAAGAAAAGACUGUUUCAUGAACAAGAUGUAUAUUUUCAUUUGAUUUGGUCUGUCAUCUGAGUUUAAAGUAAGAAUCUGCUCAAACUUCUGUUUUCUUUUUCACUUUUUUUCAAAACUUUGAAAGAAAUGAAUGAUCUGUGACUGUGUUCUCUGGACGCACUGAUCUGGGGGAAAGGUUAACGUGAUAAAACAUAGACUGCCAGGUUUUAUAUAAUAUGGCACCACAGUCAUAGUUCUGAUAGUAAUCUUCUCAGUGAAAAGUACAAGAAAUGAAUGCCAAUAUGGAGCCAAAGAACCACAAAAGCAACCACUGAAGCAUCUUGUCAGUGUGGACGCACAGAGUCGUAAGGUUGUCCUAAGGUAUGGCUCCACAGUUGCAACUACAAUGUAAAUGCCUGUUUGCUCUAAAUGGACAGCAUUGUUGACGGUGAAGGUGCAAACAAGAUCGUUUGGACAUGUUUGGAGCAACAGUUGGACUGCCCCC